AUGCUCGAACAGCAAGGGCGCUUGGAAGAGGCCGAGCCCCUUUUGCGCGAGGCCCUGGACGGCAGGCGGGCCGUUCUGGGGCAGCACCGGGACACGCUCAGCAGCCUCGAUCACUUGGCGAAGUUCCUGAAGAAGCAAGGGCGCUUGGACGAGGCUGAGCCGCUGUUCCGUGAGACCUUCGAAGGCAACCGCAGCAUCCUGGGAGAGGAACACUCGGAGACGCUGACGAGCGCGGAGAACUUGGCGCUGCUGCUGAAGGAUCAGAUGCGCCUGAAGGAAGCAGAGCCCUUCUUGCGCCCCUGGGGAAGCACCACCUGCAGACACUGGCUCGCCCAAGGGCGCUUGCACGAGGCAGAGCCCUUGCUUCGCGAGGCCCUUGAAGGCAGGCGGGCUGCUCUAGGGAAGCAUCACCCUGAUACGCUGAUCGACGUCAACACCCUUGCAGGGCUGCUCCAAAGACAAGGGUGCUAUCAAGAGGCAGAGGCCUUGUUUCGUGAGGCACUGGAAGGCAACCGCGCCAUGUUGGGGGAGCAUCACCCCCACACGCUGAUAGCCAUCGGCAACUUGGCCGGACUGCUGAGGGCCCAAAGACGGCUGCAAGAGGCGGAACCCCUCCUCCGGGAUGUCCUGGAAGGCUGUCGUGUCCAUCUGGGUGAGUUGCAUCCAAAAACCUUGGCCAGAAUAUACGGCUUGGCCCAGCACUUGGAAGAGACAGGGCAAUUUGACGAGGCCGAGCAACUCUUCCGUGAAGAGCUCGCAAAAUGCCGUGCGACCCUUGGUGCCCAACAUCCUGACACGGUCAGCUCGGUCACAAAUUUGACCAGGUUCCUGUUGGAACGAGGCAAGAUGUCGGAGCUGACGGAUCUCCUCGAGGACCAGCCUGGCCAGCGCGACCCAGAAAUUUAUGAGCUCAUCGCGCGGAUCAGGAGACUGAAUGCUGAGUCUGCUGGGCAUGUGUCAGGCAGCUAA